AUGAAGAUACACUUAGGGAGCUGCUGCUACUGCUGCCCUCAGCAGGCCAUCCUGUGACAGAGACCCUAAUGGCCUGUUUCUCUCUAGGGCAGCUUUCAAGUUCUGCCCCCGAGUUGUGUGGGGCCGGUUGUGGCUGUGUGUCUCUGCCGCACCUGCCUCAGCCUGUGUGACUUCGGCCACUCUCCAGGUCUGAGGGAACCGUCGUCCCUGAGAGAGUUUAAGCCCAGGCAGCAGACGAGAAGGAAUGACGAAUCCCCUCCGCCGCUUGCGCCGCCUGCCCGCUUUUCCCCGGCUGAGGGCAAAGCCCGCCGAGGAGCGAGCGAGCGAGCGCGCGAGGGGUGGGCUGCCGCGUGCGCUCCCUCCGGGACAAUCGGCGAGGCUUAGGGAAGGAGGGGAGGCGGCCGCGCGAUAGGCUUUUGCCUGGCGUUGCCCAGGCGCCUGGUUGGUGCUUGGUGGCCCCGCGCGCGCUGUGUGUGCGCGCGAGAGCGCGUGUGUGGCGGCGGCGGCAGGGCCAGGGAGGGAAAGUAGCGGGCGGGGUGUAUGGGGGGAGCGGCUCUCCCAGGCUGCACUCAAGUGACAUUCAGCGCGAACAACACACUCCUAAGUCAGGCGGGCAGGCAGCGAGCGAGUCGCACACAGGCGCCAUCCCCCUCAGCUCCUCGGCGCUGGGCUGUUCGCUCCUUUUUGAAACAUUACACGAGAAAGACAACUGUGGGAGAAGCGAAGGGAGCCUCCAGCCAGGCAAUUUCGCCCCUCUUGACUUGGUCUCCUCUCCUCCUCCUGAAGAAUGGGAAGGACCUGCCCGGGCUUUGCCUGCCGUUCCCGCUGAAAAACGGAAAAAGGGAACCGACGAAGGAACUCUAGCAUCGCGACUUCGAGGGAAGUUUAAAUCCCUCUCCUCACGCUCUUUCGCGGGCAACGAGGAGCCCCGGUCGCGCUCGGUUCUCCUCCUCGCCUCUUCGCCUCAGAAGCGCGCGCGAAGAACUUGGGGCAAAGUCGGCGCGGGCCAAUCAAGGCUGGCCGUUCAGGUAAGCAGAAGCCGAUUGCGGAGAGGUUGGCGCGCGCGGCUGGAGGCUGCUUCGCACCACGGAAGGGCGCCCUGGGCUCUCGGCUCUCGCCGGGCUGAGGAGCUCAGACAGGAGCAGCCUAAGCGGGAGCGGAGCAGGUUUGGGGGAUAGCGGGCUGCGGACACUUGAGGGGGGACACUCGGAGAGAGGAGAGCAGCGGGUAAGGGCAGCCCGUGCCUCGGGCGGCGGCGCCUGCCCCGCACAAGCCGAACUCAGCUGUGCGCCGCCUGGGGCUCUUUCGCCGGGAGGCUGCGCGCGCAAGCCCAGCCUUACGAUCCAGCGCCCUCUGCGAGAGAUCCUGGGACAGGCUGGCUCUUGGAAAGCUGCCUCCCCCGCCCCGUCUUCACUUCCCUCUCCACCUGUUUGUGGAGCCAGACAGUCCAACUCCUUGGCUCUAAAAUGCACGCCGGUCGAGUAUUCGUACCAGAGAGAAAAGGCGCGCGGGAGGUGGGGGAGAGAUGCUUGGAGCGCAGUAGCCUCGAAUCUGCUUUGCUGUCUGAUGUCAGAUCAGUUAAAGCGGAUUAGUUACCUCUCGGCACCUUUUAAGUCCAACUCUCCGAUUUAACACACACACACACACACACACACACACACACACACACCCCAGCCAGCCCAGAGUCCCAAUUUCAACGCAAGAUCCGAUGCAAGUUAGUAGCUGCUAUGAAAGAGAUCGAGAGAACUCCUCAUGCCGGAUUAAUUAAAACGGUGAUAUUAAAUGUUGGGACAGGACUACAGUUAGCAGAGUAGAUCGUUCGCACGCGCGCCGAAUCUGAGGUGAAGAAUGGCUAAGGCAAUCCCAGCCAUUAAAAUCUGGGGGUUUUGACCUUGAUUUUUCUAAGUUCAGGUUGGCCAAAUACUAUUCUGCACCUCUCUCUCUCUCUCUCUCUCUCUCUCGUCAUCUGAUGAGGCAAAUCUGCCUGCUGCCGGUCUGCUUCAUCUGAUCUUCCCAUUAUCCUCUUUACUUUGGGAAGGGUUCUUCGUGCUGUUGGAGGGGAAAGAGAGGCAUGAACCUGAGAUCAAGCCAACUUUAUUUCUUUUCCCUUUUUGCGCCGGGGUGAGGGCGGGGGAGAGGCGCAGCUUCACAAGACUUGCCCACCAGGGUUCCUUUCGCCCCCGUCGCCCCUCCAAAGGGGCAGCGUCUGAGGGGCUGAGCAAAGCCCCCCUGGCUGGCGGAACCGCGUCAGGAGAAGUUCCCCACCCGCGAUGAGUUUUCAGGAGGGCUCCUGUUUGAAGUCUGUUCUCGCAUGGCAUGACAGUUUGGUUCUUAGGUGGGUUCCCCUUCUCUUUUCCUCCCCUUCUAUCCAAAGUUAUGGACGCUCUCAUGACUCCAAAGAAGGAGCAUUAGGUUAUUCUACCUGCUGCCGCAGCACCCCUGAAACCUCUCCUUGUGAUCUUCUGGAAGACGUGGGAGAGGCUGAGGUAGACCUGGAAAAGGAAAGAGGCUGGAAAUAACCCAGAGGCUGCCUAUUACUUAAAAAUAGCUUCUUUUCUCCCUCUUCCAGCUUGUGAUCCUGUAGUCUCUUCCAAAGUUUUCCUGCAUUUGUCUCCACCCACAUCACCACCACAGUUUAACCGAAGCAAAACUCAAAUAAGCUCUUUCAAGCUGAAGUUUAAACUGUUGUUUGCAGGGACUUAAACAUCCUAAUUGACUUCAUUGAUUUAGUUUCCUUUUCCAGUUUCAGUGACAAUUGGUGACUUCUGUUUCAGUGUAUCUGAAGAAGUGUGCAUGCACACGAAAGCUCAUACCAAUAACAAACUUAGUUGGUCUCUAAGGUGCUACUGGAAGGAAUUUUUUUUUAAUUUAUUUUGUAGUGACAGUUGGAGUUAGAGAUGAGUUUAGAGGAUCAGAAAGGGGAGGGAGUAAUUGAACGAUUUUCUUCUUUAAGAACUGCUCAUGAUCGAUGUUAUAUUACCGUAUUCUUAGCAAGUUUCUUUUAAACUCUCCAUAAGUCUCUAAAACUAGUAAUAUUUUUAACAAAAUAUUCUAGAGAAACAAAUGUGUGUUUCCAGAUGGUUUUGUUUGUUUUUAUUACUGCACCUUUUGGAAAAUUCAGUGGAUUAGUCUAGCAAUGGGGUCUGGCAGUUCACAGCAAUUAAAGGAACAAAACAAGAAAGAUGUUACUGGAUGGAAUGAAUAUGAAAUAUGUGUGGCUUGUAUUACACGUUUAUUUCAACAGAGCUGAAACUGUGACUAUAAAGUAACUCUUAAUCACUUACAGAUACAGCUUUUUAUCAAAGAGCAUAUAAUUGAAGGGUAUCCCUGCUCUAAAAAAAAAAGCCCUCACCACAAGUUUAUUUGUUCUGGACCCAUUUAACACUCCUGUGGGAAAGUAUUAUGCCUUUCUCAAGCUGGUUAGCUUAUUGUUAUAUAUAAAUGCAAUAUCCUUGCCAAUGCCACAGAAAGAGAAUGCUGCUUUUGAAUCAACCACUGUGGGUCACCCUGGAACAAGGGAGCUGACUAUUGAGUCAAGGGACCAGAUGAUUCUGUUCUUGGUAUCUCCACUUCCCUGCGAUGCCAUUUUUUUAAAAAAAAAAAUUCCCCAAAGUAUAUAGUAGCAUGUGGCAAUUGUGUGUAAAGUAUAUGUUUACAAAUGAGACAGUCAUUUGAAAUGAUCCUGCAAAAUCACAGCUCUUGUAUGAUUUGUUUACUAUGCUUUGUUGAGAUGCUCAGUAAGAAGGAAGGCGGGACCAAAAUGGCAUAAUUUCUGCUCAGUACAGAACUUGCUUCUUUAUGAGUCAGUCGCCAGACAAAGGGGUUGUAAUACUAAUGGGAUCAAGUCAGAGAAUCUCCACCAGGGACCUGAUUCACUAAUAUAUACAUCCAGCUAUGUGCCACAGAUUUCAGAUCUAAUGAAACUAAUCUCUCCUGGGUGGUUUCACAUUUUCAGAAAUUUAACUUGGUGGGGAACCUGCAAUAAAAAUUUGCAGCAGGCUGAUAGUAUCAGAUUCUUUAUCUGAUAUAGAUUAUUUUAUGUAUACAUCAUCUUCAUAUGUCUUGCUCAGUCCAGUGCAUGUCUACUCAGAAGUAGAUUGAUGUUGUGCACAAGGGUGCUUCCUUCCCAUGUAAAUCUGCAUAGGUUUUAGGCAGCAAUCCUACAAUCAAUUCUGAAUAAACAUAUAUAGGAUUGGGUUGCCAGUUUGAUCUUUGCACUACAUAAACUAACUUUUCAGUGAUGUGCUUAGUCAAAAUGAUGGAUGCUAUAAAAUAUAUAAAGUAUAUGGUAAUUGCCACCCUGGACUCCUUGAGGAAGAAGGGUGGGAGAUAAACUGAAUAAACAAACAAACAAACAACAAUAUAAAUAAUUCUUAGUCUGUUUAUGACCGUAUAUGACACAACGUUUUACAUCCAAAGAAUAGCUUUUGGAGUACAUGGUGUAGAAACAUUUCAAGCCUUGCUGAAUAUGUAGUACAACUUUCUCAAAGGUGUUCAUGGGACCUGGAUCUGGACGCAUCAGGGAUCCUAGGUCCAGCUCCCACAACCAUUUUUGAUUAUUGCUUCCAUCUUUUACACCUACACCCACUAAUUUCCGUAGGAAUCCUCCUCAACAUUACCUUGUGGUAGUGUAUUGAACUCUACCAUUUGUAGUUCCUACCAGCCUUUUCAUGUACUGGGAGAAACCUAAUCUCUUCCCCCCUCCCCACUGCCCCCCCCCCCGUGUGUAAAAAUGACUAAUAAUUGAUUUUACCAGGCUCUUAUUGUAUGAGGAGGCAGUAUUUUGAACCAGUGUGUCCAGUGUAAGAGGAAUGCAAUUUUCAGUAUAGGGAAGAAUAAAAAAAUUCAAGUUACAGAAGAGUUGACAAGAUUAACUCCUCUCCUCUUGUCUACUUAAGAUAGUUGUGAAAUAUAUACGUUAAACAGAAAGCUGGUUCAUAGAUUUGAAACUCACUAGGUUUUUCUGUGAUUGCAAAGCAAGUAAGAUUGUUAAAAGCUGGCACAUGUUUGCUACUCUUUUCUGCUUUGUGUUUUGAUUUCAAAACCAACAGAAACUUAAAACGGGAAAUACCAUUUGCAGAUUUUUGUUUCUGUAUGUCCUGUUGUUUUUAAAAUACUGAGGCGUACCAAUUUUUCCUUAAUUCUGACAUUCUGAUAUUUCAAAAGAUAAUGGUUUCUCAUGCUGAACAAAUUCCAAAAUAUAUAUGAGAAAAUAGUUGGCAUCAUCUAUAGAUAUGUCAGCUUUCUGUGAAGAACAUGAUGGCUGUAGUGUUUUCAUCACUGGUUUGGGGUAAAAAGUACACUUAGUAAAGCGUACAACAUAAAAAGACAUAUUUUUCUAAUUUGAGGGUUUAAAUUUGUCACAUGCAUGUUAGGCAGAUGUUAGUUUGUAGAUGACAGGGGUUUUAAAAAAACACACACAAAAAACCCCAGAGCUUUAUGGCAGCACAGAAGUAGCAUUUAAUGACUUAGGUGCUAUGUAACAGAUGCUCCGAGUGCACACAAGCAACAUGAUGUUGAAUGAAGUGCCCCCUUUUGUAUAUCUUAAACCUCUCAGAUAUUCUAUAUAUAUAACACUAUGUGUCUAGGCGAUUCUAAACACACUCAGAGCUGCAUUCUAUCUUAAUACUCCCAGCUAGUCAGAUAUGAGUCUGAGACACACAAUUCUUGAGGUUGGUGUUCUGUAAACUUGUUUCAGAUGCACAGCUAAUUAUGUGUACAUGCUUUAAAAACCUGACAAGAGUCAGAUGAAUGCAGUAAGUAGCUAUUACGAUAUAAAUGAAACUCAAGACACAACAAACAAGUCCGAUAAGCAUUUCUGCCCUAUGGACCUCAGGGUUUGAUUGCCCUGGUGCAUUAUGCACCAUAUCACUUUCGAUUUAAUGAGGGUUUGAUGUAAAUCUGUCCCACAACAUCUGUUGAAGGUAUGGUGGCUAAUCAGCAUAACUCCUGGGCUAUCAGCUGUAGCUCAUUUUUUAACAUGUACAAGACCCAAGGUUCAGUCCUUGACUUCUGCAAAUAGGGCUCUGAAGGACACUUGUCUGAAACUGCUAGUCAGUGUGCAGUGGUACCUGGGGUUAAGAACUUAAUUCAUUCUGGAGGUCCGUUCUUAACCUGAAACUGUUCUUAACCUGAGGUACCACUUUAGCUAAUGGGGCCUGCCGCUGCGCUGCCACUGCAUGAUUUCUGUUCUCAUCCUGAAGCAAAGUUCUUAACCCGAGGUACUAUUUCUGGAUUAGCAGAGUCUGUAACCUGAAGCUUCUGUAACCUGAAGCAUCUGUAACCUAAGGUACCACUGUAAUGAGUACUGGACUAGAUGGACCAAUGGGCUGAUUCAACAUAUGGCAAUAUACUAUAUUAGAAAAUGUCCCAAAUUGAAGUUGAGUUAAAUUAUGCCACUUACAUUUCCGGAAAAACAAAAACACAGGUUUUUAAUCCAGGACAUGGCCAUUAUGUCUGUUGCAUGUCAGUACAGCUGACAAUGACCUUUUGUGCAAACAAAUUUUUCACAUGGUCCCCAGAGGUGCUUUUUGCAUGCUUGUUCGUUGUUCAGACAUGCACUUGGCAAAUUUAGGGUCUAGAAUCUAAUGGCCCUUUGAACACUAUUUUAAACGCUGUUGUGCUUGUGAAAAGGUACAACUUUCAAUAGGAGCUGGUGAAAUAACUCAAGAAGAAUUACACACAAGUAAGCCCUGCUUGCCAGUUCGAAGGUGCAGAACUGCAACUUUGGUAUGACCCAAUAUGGGGGUGUAGAUCAGAGCUCUCCAGCUUUUGGGCACUUGGGGACAAAGCUGGAAAUCUAAGCAACUGUUGUAUGUACCACAGCAUGCCAGUUUCGCAGAAGAAAAACUGGGGAUGCUCAGAACCAUGCCUCCUCCAAAAAUGCAAAAGCAAAAACACCUGCACACAUCACACAAGAAAUAAAACAGACAAAAAAAGAAGGCUACACCCUGAACCAAACCCCCUAAACCUAGUAUUUGUAAAAUAAAAUAGAAAUUGGUAAGGACAGGGAAACCUUAGUUGAGUGUUAAGUAUUCUGUAUAAGGUUGCUGCAGCGCUCAUGGAGGUCACAUUGAGGGCUCCAGGUCAAAUGCAUCCUAAAAUUUUAUCACAAGCCUAUUUGCCUGCCAAGCCAAUUGCAUAACAUUUUUUUUGUGAUGCAUUGGUAUAGUGUUUGUUCAACCUCAACAUGUUAUUACUGGAGCAUACAAACAUAAGAGCAAACUGUUAGUACCUAAACCACUUGGAAACACAUAAUUUAUCUCAUGAUAAUAGUAGGAAAGGUUUUAUUGUUUUUAGAAUCUGUAUCUCUUCCUUUGUUUUUCUUAUUGUAUGCUGCUUUGAUAAUAAUGACCAGACACAGUUAAACUGGAACGUGGGGAUUUAAACUUCUGUAAAUUUUAUUGAUUGUGAACAGGAUUGAAAGGGGGUUAAAUUCUAGUGCUUUGUGUCAACUGCAUUGUGAAAUGGGUUGCUCAUCAUUUAGGGCAAUCAUUUUUUUGGUUGCUUUUCUCCACUUCUGAACAUGCCCAUUCUUGCCAUAAUACACAGAUAAGUUUAGUGUGCGAUUCCUCUGAUGACAACGGCUCCAAAAAUGUUGCCAUAAUGAUAAUAUUGCUGAUUAGUAUGUCUAUGAAUACUCUUGGUAUGUACAUUGUGUUUAUCCAUAUGACUGUGUGUCUGGAGACACUUGAGCAUUGUUCCAUGGAGAAAACUGACUAGAAAAGUGCAAUUUUGAAUGUAAGCACUAUAUACGGUAGAGUAUCUCAGGAUUUGGUGUUGGCAACUUGACAUUGCUAAUUAAUUUUAGUACCUAAUUUUUGUUGUUGUUGGCACUACCAUUGAAAAGUUAAUAUUUAAUUUGGAAAAUUAGGUUGUGAAAAAUUUAAAUUAAAAGUAAUUCCAAAUAAUGUUGAGUUAACAGAGGUUUUUUAGUCUGAUGGUUGGAAACAGAAAUUCAUUAAUUUAAAGGGGCAAGUUUACAUAUAAGUUUGGAUUUAUUCGUUAGGCAACUUUGGAGGCACCCUGGAAACCUUCCGUAGGCUGAUGAAUAUCUCUGAAUCAAAUAUAGUUUUAGAUAUUGUUGUUGUUACUGUUGGCAUCCGUCUGUCUAGGGAGACAAUAGAAGAGUACGCUUUCAAUCUUGUCUUUAAAAAUACAAUCGGACAAGCUGCCACAUUCUUACGGUUACAAGUUAUAUUAAACAUGAUCCCCGCAAAACAUGUUUGGAUCCUGGACACAGAAGCUUCUUGAAUGUGAAAGGUGUCGAAGCAUUUACCCUUGACUUCUGAAAGCUCCAUUCUCUCCCCCCUACAUUUUUUUAAAUGUGUCAAAUACGUUAUGAAAAAUAGUGAAUAAACACAUCAUCAGAAAUCUUACUUUGUAAAAGGAUACACUUCAUGAUGAUAUAAAAGACAAACUUUUAGGCUUCACUUGUCAGUUUAAGAAACUGUUAGAAAAACAAGCCAAAAAAUGAAUUUUAGAUGAAGGAAUGCUAGGGCUAUGUUUCACUCCUGCGGUGCCUUCAUGCAAUGAAGCGACAGCUUUAACCACAGAACAUCUGGGCCCUAGCUUCUGUUACAGUAGAGCUUUUUAAGGGGAAAGCAUGCCUUGUUCGACUGUGCAUUCAUUUCGAGCCAUUAAGCUUUUGCACUAGUUUUUAAAGAUUAAAAAAGUUUCUGCCACCUUUUUCAAGGGGUUAUUUUCAGCAUUCUCCUUGAAUUUUGCCACUUGGGUGGAUGCUGAAUUUAAUUUGGUUACUAAGCAGGUAUUUAUCAUGCCGUUCCUCAGCUUUUUUUUUUUUAAAAGGGUGAAUUUACUAAUUAAUCUAUUCAUUAACAAAUUUAUAUUUAGCCGUUCACACUCUUUUUGCAACUUUUAUGUGUGUGGUUUUAAAACUAAAGGUAAUAGAAACAGUAUGCUCUAACUUAUCUCAUGAACAGAAAACUAUUAUGGAGCUACUUUUUGAAAAACAUGUGUUUAUAUUUGUUUUGUAUGUUAUCUUUUAUGUCGUUGCUGAUGGGAUUGGUUACUGAUACAUGUAGAAGUAGAAAUAAUUCAUACUUUCAUACAUUAUCUGUUGAACAUAUAAGUUCAAGCCUGCUCUUGAGGAGCAUUAUUUUUAUUACUUGUUUUUUUAAAACGCUAAAAGUUUAAGUGGACUUUGCAAUGUAACCUGUCAUGUAUUACACUUAAGUUAACACUUACCUGCCUUGUACCCUUCCAUGGGUCAUUGAUGUCAAAGGUUUCAUAAAGUUCUGCAUUUAAGUAGCUUACCAUCCUAAUGCCACUGGCAGUAAGUUCCAUUGAAUUCAAUAGGACUUACUUCUGAGUGGACAUGGUUAGGAUUCUGACUGUUAAUCAUGAAGCAAACGCAUUGAAAUCAAUGGAACUUAAGUUAGCCAUGAUUAACAAAUCCCAUUAAUUUUAAUGGGUCUAGCCUGUAUCAUCUUAUUACCAAGAGUGGAAUAAGUGAGGAAAAGCAAUUCAGGGCCAAAUCCAGGAUAUGAUCCUGUAAAGGUUUCUAAGGGGUUGCUCGUGCGUAAGCAGGCAACUAUCUCCCUUGCUGGGUGCGAACACCUGGCCUGGCUGCCUAAGUAAACCUUAUCUGUCCGGACGCCACUCACCCGUGGCUGACUCAGUCGCUGGCAGAAUCCGUCAGUGGGCGUUUCUUAAACUUCUUCCAGCAAAGAAGCUCCUUGACGCCUAGUUUCCGCCUACCCUCUCUGCGUGAAAGCCUUCUGCUCAAGGAGGGCGUGGGCAGCAGAGGACCCCUACUCUCCCCGCUGGUCCCAGGCAAGGAUUCAUGGGACUGCCUCGCCGCUUCCCCCAUCUGCCCCCCUUCUCCACUAGUGCUACGCUGAUUCUCUUCCCCAGAAGAUGGGCUGCCUCUCCCGAUCCCUGGACACUCUCUGGAAUCCCUCUGGCUUUUGCUCUCUCCCUCCGGCACUGAUGGCAGUUCCCUGACAGAUCCUGAUUCAGAUUGAGGUCCCACACCAGUUCUUAUUAUUCAAAAUGCAUUCUGCCGCUCUGCUAUUUUUUUCUCAUAGAUGCUGUUUGCAGUAAACAGUGUAUUUGAUGGCAAAAACCAGCCAGGAAGGAGACAUCAGGUACACAUUCCAGGUCAGGAACACAUUCCAGGGCCCAAUGUCUGCUUUCCCACCAAAAUAAAGGCAGCCAGAUUAAGCAUGCUUGCUUAAACAUGUGACUAAUGUUAUGUGUACUUUGGCCUUCAUGCACCAAGAAGGAAGAAUAGUUAGGUCUAAUUACUUUCACUCUUAAUGAAACUGGGAGGCAAAACAUCUUGUAGAGUAUUUGAGAUAAGCAAAAAUGAUUUUCGACAAUAUGUAUUAGGGUCUUUUUCUAUCCAUAAUACUUACAUCAGAAGAGCCGUUUGGACAUGAAAGCAAUCUCAAUGCAUAAGCAAAUUUGCAGGUGGUACAAGGCACUUUGGGAGAUAACUAUCUACUAAGACACUCCAGUAAAUCCCAGAAGGUAGUGGGACCACCUGAACUCCCAAAGAAUUCUACAGAGGACUAAGGAAUAAGUGAAGUCCUUGUUUUAAUGGCACGUGUAGUUUGGCUUUGGGAGUACAACUGUAUGCACACAAUGUGGAAGAAAGCCCCACUGAACUCAGUGGGAGUUUUCCCCCCCUGAAUAUAACGUGCAUAGAACCAGAAUAAAUGUGAGUUAAGGAUUGCAGCCAUAAGAGAAAAAUAUGCCUGCCACAUUAUCUGGAGGGCAUUUACGGGAGCAGCGAUUGAUAGUGCAGAGAACACAUAAGCUUCACGUUUGUCUUGAUGAAGUAAAAGGGAUGCUUUCACCUUUUGCCAAUAGAUUUUAAUGACUAGGAAGAAGUUCCUUGCUUUCAGCAUUGUUUUGAGACGAGAAUGUUUUGUAUGCACAGAUAGAGCUAUUAAACUCCUAGUUUCUGGUAGUAGGCAGAAAUCAAAGUAAGCUAAAGGAUACUAGAAAGUAGCACGGAACAAGAGGAGAUGAUUUAUUAUUUUAGAAAACUGCAGUGGGGUAUCUCACUGCAGGGAGAAGUAUUUGCUCUUGAGAUUGAUGAACUGCCCAGGAGAGGAAACCAAAACCAAAGAAUGGAGAUGCCUUGCUUUCAGAGGAAUUCAAAUAUUGCAUCCUUACAUAAGGCAACAAAGAAUAAAACCUAAUAUUUAUUGCAUAAAUGAUUUUAGAAAAUUAAACUAAAAAAAUUAUCUGGGAAAAAGGCAGGAUAUAAAUAAAUAAAUAAAUAAAUAAAUAAAUAAAUAAAAUAAUAAUAAUCCUCUAGAAGAUUAACAUUGUAUAAGAACAGGCUUAUGUACAACUAUUCUAUAUUGAACAUGACAGAUUUGAAUGUGUUUUUCAGUUUUACAUUGCCAUUUUGCACUGUAACAUCUUGUGUCCUACAAACCAAUAAAUUUACCCUGCGCUUAGAGUAAAUGGUUUGCCUCAAUUUAAUUCAACUAAUGAAAUGGCAUGCACAAUAAUACAGUGAUUAAAAAGUGUGGCAAAAUAAAUGUCAUGUACUCAGGUACUCAAAACAUUAGUACCCAAACAUUAGCAUUGGGUAGUUUAAUACUUCUAUGGUUUGUUGAAGCUUCUGGCUUGCCAAUGAAAAGGCAGUCUCUCCCUGAGUUUAAGCUGAAUUCCAGGAGCAAUUUAUUAUUAAUCCUUAAUGAUUUAUCCCUCAUUAAUGAGGUCACUGCAAUCCUUGCUAUCCAUUGAUGAGUUUCCUAAGAAUCUAGAUACUUCUACUUCACCUCAAUUUUUCUAAAAGGUGGUGAUAGAUAGCUUUUUCACUCUGUUAGGUAGAGUUUUUUCAACUUACACAAAAGUUUUUUCAACUUCUUACACAAAUGCCAGCUUGUACCACAAACUACAGGUGCAUAAAGUAUGCAAUUGUGCAAGGAAGGACAGUGCCCUGAUGUACCAUAAUGAGUAAGUGCAGAUGAGUUUAUUACUAAGGAUUAUUAGCAGUGCUUUUUUUUAUAUAGAAAAAUUGGUGCCAGUACAUACCAUGAAAUUGUUACAGCAAGUGAGCAACUGGGGUAAAAAAGCACUGAUUAUUAUGAUGGCAAAGUAGGGUACAGAUUGGGACAGUUGUGUUUGGUAAUCAACAGCAAGCGCUUGGUUUGUGUUGAAGAAGGGGCUUUUUGGAGUACAGUAGGUUUGCUAGGUUUGUGGGGGAAUAAACUUGGUCUUCUGCUGGUUUGCAGAACUGAGUUGCUAGAAAAAUGUGCCCACCAACCACAAGCUAUUACAUGAAAAUGGAUUCUGGAUGGGCACCUACCAUAUGGUGUGACUCAUUUAUCUCUCUCCCUCCUGCCCCAGUUUGGAGGCAGUGUGCUUUCUUUCUCUGUGGAGCACACAGCCGCUGAUGGUAUGUUUCUAAAUACCUAGGUUGCCCUCCUUCCCCAGGGAAUCAGAUUUUGUUGUGUUUGGAUACACUAUGGCUAACUAAGAAUUGUUAACGGAGCUUACACACUCAUCCUUGAUUAUCUGUGUCCCACAGGGGACUCAGAAUAAAUUCAGCUAAUUGAUGAUAAUUGCUAGUUAAAGGGCAUUGUGGUAACCUCUGUUUAUCCUAAUUGAAUUAGUACCGUACUAUAUUGUGAAUAAAAUCUAAUGAUAGGGCCUUAAUACACAAGAUGUAGUGAUAAGUAGUAGAGAUAAGUGAAACAUAAAUGAACAAAAAUAGUGUUUUUGGUCUACAUUCUCCCAAGUUCUGCUGUUCCUAACAAAUAUGAAUAUGAAGAAGAAGAAGAAGAAGAAGAAGAAGAAGAAGAAGAAGAAGAAGAAGAAGAAGAAGAAGAAAAGCUGUUAUUAGAUAGAUUAGGCUUCCUGAACAGUGAACAGUGGCACUGUGAUAGCUGUUAGUUUGUGAUAAUAAUGAGGUCAUUUUGGUUAAACUACCUGUGCUAUUGAUAAGAUUAAUAUGGAAAAGAAAUGCCUGUAGUUAAUUUGACUGUUUGGCCUUGUGUAUUUUUUAUGCAAAAAAGCUUUUAGACAGAUAAACAGAUGAGGAGGUAGCUGUGUAGGAAUAGCCUUCUUAAUCAUUUUUACUGUGUUAUAAUUUAUUCCAAGUCUUUGUGACAGAGUUGGAUACAAUUUCUAGGUUACCCUUGUUUGCUCCUGGCAGCCACAUAGCAUGAGACUUACAAACACGCAAGCAGGUUCUGUUCCGUUUGCACUGCUAAGCUGCCCCUGCCAUACAUCACAGGUGAAUGUUCCUUAUGCUGUGUAAACUAACAAUUUUUGAAAUUUCCCUGCAACAGGGAGUACGGCCACCACUUUUGUGUCAUAUAAUAAAAGAACAGGCAUGGUGUUCUGAACCGUCUGGAAUUUUUAAAUAGUAGAACAUUGAGAACAGUUUAGGAACAUUUUUUUUAUCAGAUCAUCAUCAUCAUCAUCAUCAUUAAAAUGAUGAUAUUCAUAGUAGCCCCAAUUUCUCAGCGGCUUUAUCGUAGCCUAGCUGUUCUCAGGUAUGUACAUUUAGCAUUCUUCUUCUUGAUUUACAUUUGCAUUUGAUUUAAAGAUAAAAUUAUUGCAUUCCUAUACAUUUUGGAAAACAAUAAGAAUAAAUAAUAAUAAUGAACUACAAUAAUAAAUAAAUGCUGUAAUAUUAAUUAAGCCAUAAAUUGAAUACUCAAUACAACCUCUUUCCUCUUUCCACAAACUCCAAUUGUCAGGGUCUGCACCUUAAUUGAACAGAAUGGUUUAGAUCCAGACUUAGUAAUGCUUAAAAUAGGGCCAAUGAAAUCAGCGGGACUUUAGUUAGUCAUGCUACAAGUAAAACCCUUGAAAUUAACUAAAGCUGCAAUUCUAAAUCCACCAAGCUGGGAGUAAGCCCCACUGAAUUAAAUAGGGCAUAGUUAGUAUUGCGCUAUAAGCCUGGAUCCACUCUAAUAGCUGAGAAUAACAAGGUUGCAGGUCACUAUAGACUAGAAUAGAGGCUUAAGUUAUGAAAUCAUUUUGCAAAAUGAAUAUGAAAGUGCUUUGUUGUUUCCUAUUUAAUUCAGAUUCACUAAUCUGUUUGUAUCCAGACUGUCUAAAAUGACUUGUUGAAAUCUAAAAAUCUGAUGCAAAUUACCGUAUUUUUCGCUCCACAAGACGCACCUGACCAUAAGAUGCACCUAGUUUUUAGAGGAGGAAAGGGGGAAAGCCCCGUUUUGGGGGGGGAUCAGCUCAAAGUUGUGCAGCUUCUUUUGCAAAGGGGAAAAGCCCCCUUUUUUGAGGAUCAGCUCAAAGUUGUUGAGCUUACUUUGCAAAGGGAAAAAAUUCUGUUUUUAUGGGGUUCAACUCACAGUUCUGCAGCUUCCUAAGGAAAGGAAAGGGAGCCAUUUCUACAGUUUCCAGACAGAUAAUCUAAUCAUCCAGUCACACAUCGCUGGGAAAACAAACAGCCUCCAAACAGUAAACAAUGGAGGCCGGGGCAAGGGGGCGGGACCAGAAAGGGGGCCAACAAUCAACCACACAUUAGUGCCAUAAGACGCACAGACACUUCCCCUUACUUUUUAGGAGGAAAAAAGUGUGUCUUAUGGAGAGAAAAAUACGGUAAACUGUUUACAGUCUUGAGGUGCUGAUAAUGCUGUGUUUCCUUCCAUUGGCUGGAGCAUCCUGUGGGUAGAGUUCUGAAUAUCCAACCAAUGAAGAAGCUGCAGGAAGUGGGACAAUCAGCAAAAAUUAACCUCCUCCACCCCUGUCCCUGGGAUCAUCCACUAGCCUUCUAUGAACAGAAGAAACGCAUCUCUUUAUGAAAGGCACAUUUACAAUCCAAGUCCUUGUGUUUGGACAUGUAUCCACAAAUAUUAGUCUUUCUCCCACACUAGUUGCUGUUUUAAAUACAUGGUGGUGGAAUAUUUACUAUGCUUAGGAAUUGCCAGCAGGUGGAGAUGUAAGUGGUGCGUGAAUAGCUGCAUCUUGGAGCAGUCAAAGUAUCUUAGCCUAGCCUACCUCACAAGGUUGUUGUUAGGUUAAAUUGGGAGGAAGAAAACCAUGAGCUCCUUGGAUGAAAUGUAAUGACGAAUGUGAUUACAGUGGUGAUAGGAUUGUAAAAACCAGGAGAUCUUCCUUGGAAAUCAGAGCCCCUUUUUCAUUCAGCUUUACAUAAGGAGGCAGAAACCUCUCUAGUUUUGUGGAAUUAGAUUGCAUUUUGUUGAGACAAACUAUCAGGCUGUAAAGAGCAACCAUGUGUGACUCUCCAAAGAAGGAUAACCCUAAAACAUGGUAGGAGCCAUUUUAAGCCAUGUAAGUUUUGACUCAUUUGAUCAGAAAGGGGGGGGGGACCAUGGUUGUAGAAAACCCGCUACAUUCUACUAAUUGUGCACAUGCACAAUUUAGAUUUAUUGCCCUGGACUGUUUUAGUUGAAAUAAGAUUUGGAUUUGGAUUUGCAUCCUAGUGUGAUUGGGCUUCAGCCUGGUUAGCAACAGGGAUGUGUUUUCUCCUUUCCCCAGCACUUGUCCCCUCAUAAGCAGGUGCUGAAAGGGGUGGGUUCAUUUUUGCGGGGCAUUAAAAGUUUGUGAAAUGCAUUCCACCUUUGUUUUGGCACAGAACAUAAAAUGAAACCAUGCUGCUCUUUGUGCAAACAAUACAGCCAAUUUACUUAAUCCACAUUCAUCUAUUCAAUUUACAAAUCUCAUAACACAGUAAUAAGAUCUCAUAAUAAAUUUAUGUACCACUUGAUGCAAAGCCUCUGAACUACAUUAAAACAACAAGAAAAGUUUCCUCUUAAUUAAUUAUAGCAUGACUUCUUGGCACACAUUUGUGUAACAUAGAUACAGAUAAUCAAGACAAAUUUGGCAGAAUUUACAUGGGAAUAAAUGUGUUAAGCAAUAUAUCCAUAGCUGUCCAUGCAUGAGCAAAAUGGACUUCCACUCACUUAAUGGAAUUUCACAUUCCUGUCUUUCUCCUGUAGCCCUCCAUGCAGCCUCAAAAUCUGCUCUGUGGAUUGAAGGCCCCCCAGAGCAUAUUUUGGGGUUGCAUGGGAGGGAGCUGCAAUGGGGAGAGAGGAACAUGAAAUCCCUUUCCAUAAGUGGAAGUCCAUUCUUUUCACAGAUGGACAGCAUUAGAUACACUUCUUAACCCACUUAGAACUGUAUAAACUCCACUAAAAUGUUAGAUUCAACCCAUAGUCUGUGUUGAAAUGUCAUUUAUUACAGGGAAUUCUGACAAAUGGUUAGGUCAGUGGAAAAUUCUAUUUUUGUUUUUAAUAGUUUUUAAUGAAACUUCUGUGUCAACUACUUCCUCUUUGGUCAGAAUAGUAUUUAAUUUAAUUUAACUUUCAAAUUCUUCCAUGAGAAAAAAGUACCUUGUAGCUCUGAAGACAAACUGAACCAAUAAUAAAUUCAUGCGUUCUACUUUAAGUAAAAAGCAAAUUCUCUGAGGUCAGCGAUUACACCAUGUCUUAAUUGAGCCCCAUGUCUACUCAUAUUCCUUUCUAAUUACAUUUCUAAAGUAAAUCCGAAAAAUCAUUUGACUAAAGAUAAUUCCUACUUGGCAAGGUAUCAGUUAUAUAAUAUAGUGCAUGAUAUUUAAAAACCUGAAAACAUGCCAUUGACAUGCUUAAGGCCUCUGGAUAAAAUCAUGGAAAGUAAUAGUAAUAAAUAUGUGUCCUCUUUAUCAUCUUGUUGGUGCAAUGCCUUUGGUAAUAGUGCUUUCUCUUUAUGAGUAAUGUUCAUCUAAGGAUGGUUGAGAAACCUUUGCUAAGCCUCGUGAUGCUUCUCAGAAGCAGAUAAUUGGGCCCCCAACACAACUCAGUCUAUCUUCUACCUUUGAAAAAUAGAAUUCCCUUGACGUACAUUCCAACCCCCACUUAAUCUGGAAAUAAUAAUGAAGAACAGGAAAGCAACUCAAGCAGGCUUCCCACCUCCUAGUCUCUACAUAUGUCCUCCAAAUCCCCCAACAGCUCCAGAAGCAUGAAGAUCCUGAACUUUGAACUAAUUACCCGCCUCCUUGCCAAAACAUUGUUUUCUUUUAGUACUUCUUUCUUAAAGUCAUCGUUAAAAAGUUUGGGGGGUUUGAAGGUUUCCAGAUUGUUGUCAUGGUCACUCAUCUGUGGUACGCUGACCUAUGUGCCUGUUUAUAUGCCCUCUUUUUUUUUUCCACGAGUAGCUAGCUAAAGGACUAACCUUUCCCCUACCAUGGACAAAUAAACAGAGAACAAGCAGCUAAGCAAGUAUAAAGCCUUUGAUCAUUUGAUUUUGAUAGUUCUUAAUCACACCGUUUUAUGCAUAGCCAAGAAACAUUAUUUUUGGGGGAAAAAAACCAUUGCAAAAAAUGAUUUCUUGGUCAAGAUAAGACUGUUUUCUGUACAUGAUUAGAAGAAAUGUUUAGAAACCAUAACAUCUCAGAGAGUUAAUAGCUAGGUUGGUUCUAGAGAAUGAAAGAUGGAGGUGAAGUGAAAUUAUACCCUGAUUAGUUCAAAACAAGUUUAGACUGGCUCAAACUGGAGCACCAAAGAAGGGCCUUCAGAUUAGAUCAAAAAGCACAGUAACAUGGUUGCCACUUACAGCUUCCUGUCCAGAAUUCCAGCUUGCUUCUAAACUUUUGAAACCUUUCAUUUGAUCAAAUGCACAUAAUAAUAAUUGUGUACUUAGCCUUGGAAAAAUCUUUUGAGAAAGCCCCUCAGUAAAGCUUAGCAGUUUGUUUUGUGGAUUAGACAGGUGGUUUUAUGGAUUAAGGAACAGGAAGCCAUUUUCCCAAUUGAGGGGUGUAAAAAUUGAGUCCUCCAAGACCAGUAUUUCUCAACUUAUUUCAUAAAUGUUCUAGAGUUAGGGGUGAGUAGUGGACUAUACAGAAUUGUUCAGAGUGAUUAAAACAAAACAAAAAGGGAUUGUGAAGAGCUCCAGAAGGAUCUCUCCAAACUGAGUGAAUGGGAAGUAAAAUGACAAAUAUGAUUCUAUGUUAAUGUAAAGUCAUGUGCACUGGGGCAAAAGGGGGCCUAAUUUCACAUAUGUACAAAACAAGAAAACUCCUCUAAAAGGAAAACUUACAACUCAGCUAGAGAUCUGCCACAUCUAACCCAUCCUAGCAAGCCCAGGGUUAGGAUUUCACCCCUAUUUUGCAUGUGAUAAUGGCAGCUAUGAUGUACUGUCCCUUUCAAAUAUUUACUAGAGGAACUGUACUGUAUAAAAAAUUAUUUUAAAAAAAUAGGUGAAGACUUGCAUCACAUCAAACAGCAGGCAAGAAAUGAACAGAAGGGAACAUACCUUGAAAGAACUGCAGUUGAAACACUGCAUGCAGAAGUCACCUACUUAGCCUAUACAGAAAUUGUGUUGUAAUUGAAAGACUCUCAUGAGGGAAGAUGUGAAAGGGUGAAGAAAUUUAAGGAAAUCUGAGAUGCUUGGUUAGAGCUAAUAUAAUAAAUAAAAGCAGCACACUUGAUUGAGUAAGCCAGCAUACAGACUAAAUACAGCCAGCACACUUCUUAAUCUUGCACUGUAACAAUAUUUUCCCCAGUCCUGUUUGAAUGUGUCUUUUAGGAAUUCCUCUGACAUUGAUUUGGUGAGGUUGGAUUUGGGAUAGGGGAAACUCAGAUCUGAUAUGUGCAUAUUUGUUUGGUGAGGUCUAGAGAAUUGUUUGCUUCCGGACCUUUGACCCUGGAAUAUGAAAUGUAGUUGCUAAUUGAUUCUGUAAUUCAGAGCAUAUUUCCUUGGAAGCAAGUUCCAUCGAAAUAAAUGUGACUCACUUUAAAUAAGUACAGGCAACUUUCAAUGCACAGGCAAUUUACAGCCAAUUUACACGGAGGUUAUGUUUCGAGGCACCACACACAUAUGUGAAAUUGUGUAGAUUUGAAACACCAUAGGAAAAUCCUGCAAACACCCCAAAAACUAUGGAAUCUCUUGAAAAACCCUUUAAAAAGCCAGCAACAUUUACUAAACUCCACCAUUAUCACUCCCUGCAAACCUCAUUUCUCAAAAUCCAACUCUCCACAAGCCUCAACCGUCAGGGCAAGGGCUCCCGGGAUUGCUAGGUGCUGUUUUGGCACCUUUUGCCCAUCCUGGGCUCUUCUAGGGCCAUUUUGGCAAUUUUUAAAUUCACAUCUGUGUUCAGCGCAAUGUGCGUAUGCAUGGUCACACACAUGGGAAACGCACGUAAAUGGGGGGGGGGGGGGCUGUUGCCUGUGCAUUGAAACAACUACCCCAAACAGACCUAUAAAGGCAUCUUCAGUAACAACCUUUAACCACCAGGUUAAAACUUUCCUUUUUAGCAAGGCUGUGGACGCAGGUGGUGCUGUGGUCUAAACCACUGAGCCUAGGGCUUGCCGAUCGGAAGGCCAGCGGUUUGAAUCCCCGCGAUGGGGUGAGCUCCCGCUGCUCGGUCCCUGCUCCUGCCAACCUAGCAGUUCGAAAGCAUUUCAAAAUGCAAGUAGAUAAAGAGGUACCACUCUGGUGGGAAAGUAAACACCGUUUCCAUGCGCUGUUCUAGUUUCGCCAGAAGCGGCUUAGUCAUGCUGGCCACAUGACCCAGAAGCUGUCUGUGGACAAAUGCUGGCUCCCUCGGCCCAUAAAGCGAGAUGAGUGCCACAACCCCAGAGUCAUUUGUGAUUGGACUUAACUGUCAGGGGUCCUUUACCUUUACCUUGGCCUGACAAAUGCUGUUUUAUGGUUUUAAUGCUGUUGAAUGUUUUUGCUGUUUUAUUUGUAGGCUUUCUGUACUGUAGCGGCUUAUGUUUUCUUGGUGUUUUAUAUGUGUCCAUUUAAAUACAAUUUAAUCACUUCUAGUUCUAUUUGUUCUGAAAUUUUAGUUAAAUUACUGUGUAGAAAGAAAUGUAGCUUUUUUCUAUUCCAAACAAAAGAUUUUUUUUGUAAUUAAUUACAAUAGUGUAAAAUACAUUCAAAACAUAGGGAGUGGUUAUUGGUAUAUUAUAACAGGAUACAUUAUGGUAUUUGAUCAUUUUAUUAGGUACUCAGCAGGGAAGUUCUUUCUCGGUCUCCAGCUGUGUGCAGAUAGGGGAAUUGAUGCAUGAUCUUACAUUACUCCUAUGGGGGGAAAAUAUUUUGUAAUGAAAUCCUAUAGGAACUUUCAGAGAAAAUCAAUGAAUAGUAGCUGGCAGGAAUUUAGUAUUCUGUUCACAUAUCUUUUCUGCAAAAUCUACUUUUAAUUUUUCGUAUUUAUGAAACUUUUUCACAUGUGCUUUCCUUUCUGGAGGACAAAAAUGGAAGCUGUAAGAUUUGUCUAUCUGUAACCUAAAGGGAACUCAAGGGAAAAUGAGAUUUUAAGUCAGUUAUGUUGAAACUCCUUUUAUUAGUAGGAACCAUGAAGGAGAAAAUUUGAAAUCUUUCUUCUUCUUCUUCAUUUCUCAAAGAUUAAAUAAAAUGUUUGAGAAAAUAUAUAGAAAACAGAGGAACUCUUUUAAAAUGUGCUAGAAUUUAGCAGCAAAACAUCCAUAGUUGAGUUCCUGAUCAUAUGCUAGCAGGCAAUCACUGAGAUAUUACGUAUUUAGUUGUUGUUUUUCCCUCUGCCUAUUUCAGCCAUUUUUUAUUUUUUUAAAAAAUUGUGCCCCAGAUCCAUCCUUGCAUUCUGAUGCAGUACCUACACACAAGUAGGCAGCUAAAAAAAAGCAACCACUGUUACUUUUUCAGGGCCUUUGUAGUUGCUUAUCCAAGGGCUCAUUUCCAUCUUACUUCAGCCUUUGAUUAACCCCUUUAAUUGGGUAAACAAACUCAGUUUGUUUACAGAAUUGAUUGUGUAAACAGAUCAGUUGAAGUAAGAUAAGAGGCUGGUGGUAAUCAAGGUAACUGGAAAGACCAAAAAGUAUAGCUUUAGCCACAAUGUGUUUCUUGUUCAUAUUUAAAUUGUAAAUUCUUUUAAGUGCUUCUAACAUGAAAAUAAUGCUGAAUCUGUGUCAUUUAAGAUAGGAUCAAACCUAGAUGGUGGCAGCUCUGCAUGUUUAAACUACACGGUCAUGUAGAAGACAGGAGAUGGAAAGGGUGAGAGGUACUGGAUCCCUUCCCCAACUCACAUAUCACUUCCCCAGAGUACCUCAUGUCAUUCACUUUUCCUUCAACAGAGGCCCAAUCCUGGAAGUUAUUCUGAUGGGACAAGACUUGUGAAGAGUGGCUUCAGGGAAUUGAGUGGUUGGCGAGGGAGGGUUUAGAAAUCAUUACCCAUAUCCCCGCUCUGCUCUUGAAAUUGGAUCAUCCAGAUGCACACACAACACUUAUUAAAUGAAUGAGACAAAUCUAAAUUUAAAUAAAAAGACUGGCUGUUAAAUCUACUUUGAGAUAAAAUGCACCUGUGCCACCUGGCUAGUGAGGUAAAUGGGGUGCUCCAAUAUAGUGCUAAAACUGAAAACACAACACACAUUGCCAUCAAAAGAAAAGGGGGAAAGCCUUUCAGAACCUAACUAUUCCUUUUCAAGAUGAUCAGAUGGUGUUUUCUUUGACCUUUGGCUUCUUCAGUAUAACUAAACUGAGUGUUCCCAGAAGUGGUCUUAACAAAACUUCUUAGUAGCUAUAGCACAGGUCCCCAUGGUAUUACUUAUGGAUGGAUUAGAAAAAUAAAUCCAAUUGUUAAGGUAUUUUAUUUUACAAUAUUUCUUUGAAAUGCUGAUGUGAUUUCCGUUGUUGCAAUAAUAUGUUCAACAAAAGGAGAAAACACGUUCUGAAAUAAACUGUAAAAUAAGUCCUAUUUAACCCAUACUGUAUUUGAACAUAUUAAGAUUCUAAAAUCAUCAAAGGAUCCAUUGUUACUCCUUAAAUUUCAGUUAUUUUAUUGCACAAUGUAGCACAUAAAUAUACACCCAUCCACAUUUAUAAUAUGUCAAUCCAGAAAUUUAUUUAUGGGGGGGGGAGGAAAUUGCAUUAUAUUCAAUGCUAGCCCUACUCAGAGCAGACCCACUGAAACAAAUGAGCAUGACUAAGAUAUAUUAAUUUCAAUGGGUCUACUCUGAAGGAACUUAGUUGGAUACAUCCCUGAGCUCUGCACUGAUACCGUACUCUUCAUUGCACCCUACCUGGAGCUGGUCUGAAUCCUUGCUCCAAGUGCCCUUGCCCAACAACAUGAGAUGGGUAACAUACCCUCCAACAUGCUGCAGAGGAAAAUUGGGACAUGUGUCUUUUGGGGGCUGCAGUCUCAUGGAAGCCAGGUAACUCGCUUGAGAGCAUGACCCCCAAAACUGGUGUCUUGGGGGGCUGUGCCUGGGAUGCAAUCGCAAGUCAGGAUGGCUUCUGUAAUUCUAGGAUGCCCCACUCAAAGUGGAACAGUUGAGGGGUAUGGGGCAACCACUGGAGACAGGGCCCCAGUUAUGGAGCAUCCUUCUAAAGGAGAUUCACCUGACACCAUCUUUCUGGCCUUUUCAGUCCCAAGUGAAGAUUUCUUUGUUUAUCCAGGCCUUUUAAAUAACAUGUGUUAUUUAAGAAGAUAUGGUCCUCUUAGGUUAAAAAAUGUGUUUCAGUUGUGUUUUUAAUGUCAAAUGAUAUCAAUCAUUUUCUGUCAUAUUUUAAUUUUUAUAUAUGUUUUGCAGGCCACUUACGGUAUAUUGUGGGUUUAGUUAAUAAAUACAUGAAUAAAUUUGAAACAAGUUGGAUUUCAGUGAAAAGAAUUAAUGAGCAAUUUAGAGUUUAUCAGCGCAGUAGUGCUGGCCUGCAGAACCAACGUUCUGAUUUAUUUAGUUCAAAAGUUUAUACCUUGCCUCUCCAAUAUGUCAGCUUCAUUCAAGGCAGCUUACAAUUAAAAACAAAGCAAUCCCAUAAAAAUAACACAACAUAAAAUCAGAAACAGGUUUGAAUAAUUAAUUUUCUGGUUUUACUUUUGAUUCAACAUAAGAGGCUGGCUGUCAACAUUUAGUUUCAAAUUUAAAAUCAUGUGUACUUUUGGCUCCAGCUUUGUUAGUGCCCCUGACCCCACUGAGGAACAAGGUUGGGAAUAAACAACCAAAUAAAGUGUAGGGUAAAUGGAGGUUAAGUUGUACAAAGCACAGUGUAUGGGACUGUACUAUAGGCAGGCUAACCUGUGGCCCUCCAGAUGUUGGAACACCGUGGUCAGUCAUCAGGGAUGUUCUUAUUGGAAGUUCAGCAACAUCUGGAGGCCACAGGUUCACCAUCUAGCUGUAGAACAUUUUUAUUGCUUACAUGGCACUGAAGUCAACUGAAGUCUUGAACUUUAAAAAUCCUUUUUUUCUUUGGCACAAUGAUGAAUUUAACUCUCUUUAAAAUUGAGCUAGUUGCUUGCUGUUAGUGUGUGUGUGUGUAAUGCCGCACUUAUGCUCACAACAUGUUUCCAGUGCAGACCUAGAACUGCUUUGGAACACCAAGUUGAGUUGGCAUGCCAAACACCUCUGUAGGAUACAAGCGGCAAAUGGAAGGGCAGACAUUAUAUACUUUUUUUGGUUAAUAAAAAAAGACAACUACCACAUAUAAGGAUGUUUCACAUCUGGGCUGGGUGAGGAGUCAGAAGUCCCAGGUGUGUUCUGGGCAAAGAGAAAUUUAUACUGCAUUGUUUGAUGUAAUAAUAAUUUAUACACAUGGUCAAACUUUUUUCAAAAGUCAAUUUUUUCUUUCCUCCCUGUGUUCUAAUAUAUACACAAAUAUAUAUACAAAUUUAUGAAGAAAUCCUGUGCAUAUGUAAUAAGAAGUAAGUCCCACUGACGUUAAUGGGGCUUAAUCUCAGAUUAGCCUUAAUCACCUUACUUUGUCCAUCAACAGCGAGUACCUGAACAGCAGACUAAGUAGACACACAAAUGACACUCUUGUUCUCUAUGGUGAAAUGAACUGUAUUUCUUUUAAAUUAUAGUAAUGAUGUCUAAGUUUGCAUCUGUACAGAUAAAGUCAUUAAGUUUAAGACUGUCAAGCCAGAGGUUGCUUAAUGGAAUAAGACCUAGUCCCUAAAGUCUAGUCUGAACAAUUAUUUGCCACCUUCACAUGAUCCCCUUUGAUUUCUCCAAGGCUACAGUCAAAAGUUAAAUAGUAUCCUGCAGAUUUAUUAUCAAAUGGGGGACUGACUAACUCAAAUAAAAGUCAGUGCUUUUGAUUUUAAAAAUAAGAUUUGAGGGAUACAAAAUUGCACACACCCCUCCACCCAGUUAUAGAAAUACAACAUACAAAUGCCUGUGGCAGGCCAUUCUUUGAAAUUAACCUCACUAAAUUACAAUCAUGCACUUUCAACUCUCUGUAAUUAAACAUUUAGUUUUAUUUAUUCCAGAUGUAUUUGCUUCAAGUAAAUCCAGACCUUUUGCUGCUGUUGUAGUAGAUCUUUUACAGGUCUCAGGGACCUAAAAAUUGACAAAAAUUAAAGUGAAUUGUUUCCUUAGGUUUGGAUUGCAACAUAUCCACUGGUGACUGCUUCUUAUGGAAUUUUGGAAGGUGGUGUGUAUCGUGAUUCCUUCAGGAACAAAAUGGCUGAUGCAACUGUUAGCUUUAAAAAGUAGUGGAUUUGUGUUUUGUGAAAAUAUAGUGUAAGAAGUUGUUGCUUUAGUGCUUCCACCUACUAAUAUAUAACUGGGAAUGCUUUGUGGACAAUGUUUGAAGUAUAAAGUACUAAAACUGUGUUUUCAGCAAAUAGAUGCUAUAAAAGAAAACACUGGAUAUUUUCAGCUGCACAUUUUAAAAAUAUGUACUAGUGAUCAUCACUCAUCAGUUUACUACCAAAUGACCAUACUUGCUUUACACACAUCUCAAAAACAUUAGGCUUCAGAGUUGUCUUUUCUGGUACUCAGUUAUGAAACCUGGCUUCAUUAAUAGAUGGCUUAAAGAUGCUGUAAUUAUCACCAGCUAUAAGGUCUUUAAGGCUUUGUUGGUUUUAAACUGUGUUAUUCUGGUAUUAAUAUUAGGCUUUUAUCUCCUGCCUUGGUAUGAUGAUUCUUGUAUUGCUGUUAUUUGAUUUCAUGUGUUUUAAUAUUGUACAGAAGCUGCCUUGUGAGCAUGUUUACCCUAAAAUGCAGCUUGGAUAUACAGUGGUACCUCGGGUUAAGAACUUAAUUCGUUCUAGAGGUCUGUUCUUAACCUGAAACUGUUCUUAACCUGAAGCACCACUUUAGCUAAUGGGGCCUCCUGCUGCCCCUGCGCCGUUGCUGCACGAUUUCUGUUCUCAUUCUGAAGCAAAGUUCUUAACCCGAGGUAAUAUUUCUGGGUUAGUGGAGUCUGUAACCUGAAGCAUAUGUAACCCAAGGUACCACUGUAUUGUAAAUACAAUAAUUCAAGAAACCCAAGAUUGCUGGGUAUGGCAUCAUUGUCUUUUCUGCUAUAGUCAAACAUGCUUGCUCCUAAUUUUGGAUUGCUGAUGGUGAUUUAUAAGCAACAGUUGCUAUUGCAAGCCUAGAAGUAGCAGUCCCUGCGGGUUCAUAUUCACUUUGUGUGGUAUAAGAAAGUUAUAAGUAGGAAGUUAGCCGCUAUUUUCUGUGAAUGGUUGCUGUGUGUUUAUGUUUUCUAUGUAGCUAUGCUUAGUAGCAUGCAAAACAUAAAUGCAAUGCAUUACUCUGUACUUACGAAAGAGCGACAUCUGGCAGGGUUUGUGCUUCUGUGUGUAUUCUGUCUAGAUUGUCAAGUAAAACUUUUGUGGCUUUCUUCUGCUUUCUUUAUUUUUUUCUUUUGGUCCUUUGGUGUAAAUGAGGCAGAUUGCAACCAGUAUUUUUCAAAGGUGGCUGUGGGAUUUCUUUCUUUCAGACAUUAGUAGGAAAUUUGCAGCCUGACCUAGCCAGGAUCAAGAGAAUGUGCUUUGUUUUCUACUCAGUUUUUUCUUACAGUUCUAUUUGUCCAAAACCUAUAGACCAGAACCACAGUGUGUGACCAGACAUUCAAAUUCAUGCUCAGAUUUAUACUGUACUAUUAGACAGACAAUGACUAGAAAGCAAUAGUUUGUGGGGGCGGGGUGAGAAAGAGAGAGAAAAGGCCAUUAGAGGGCACUUUUGUAAUCCUAAAAAAAAUAAGAUAGAUGUUUGUUCUUUCACUUUGGACUGUUUGUUUUGGCUCUCACUUAGUCAGGAUCAACAACGUGCAAGUCUUUCAAGUCAGUGGUGAUGUUCCAACAAAUUCUUUACUCCCCCUGCAGAUUUAAAAUUUCUAAUGAUGAAACAAGCUGAACAUCUAGAAGAGAGUAAAAUGUUAUUUAGCGAUUCUGAUUUGUAUACAGAACAUCCCAGGUUUAGUCCCUGGCAUCUCCAGGUAGGGCCAGAAGAGGCCCUGGUCCUUAAAUCAUGGCCAGCUGCUGGUAGUAGGUGCAGAGGAUUCUGACAUAGAUGGACCAGUGGUCUGAGUCAGUAUAAGCAGCUCCCUUUGUUCCUAGCAUAGACCACACUGAAAUCUUGUAGGCAACUGGCAGCUGGGGCAGAUGAGGAUAUCUGUGAGGAUAUCGUCAUUAUAUGUACAAGAAUGAGAACGAGGCACUGUCAUCAGUUUGUGACUGGUGCUCUUGAAUCAGGAUAUUGUUACCUGUCAAGAGAUAUGGUUACCAGAACCACAGCAAAAUAAAUUCACUUUAAAGCUGCCAGGAUUACAGAAUCAUGGAAUCAUAGAAUUGUAGCCUUGGAAGGGUCCUCUGGGGUCAUCUAAUCCAAUCCCCUGCAAUGAAGAAAUCUCAGUUGGAUCAUACUUGGCAGAUGGCUACCCAACCUCUGCUUAAAAACCUCCACCACUGCUCAUGGAAGUCUGGUCAACUGUCGAAGAGCUCUUAUUUUCAUAAGGUUCUUCCCAGUGCCUAAGUCUCACUUCUGAGCAUGGUCAAGGAGACCUCACAUCUUUACUGGAUACCAAUGCAAGGUGGCAGCCAAGGUAAGGGCUUGUAUCCACCAAAAUAAUAAAUACAAAUCUUGGCACAUAUAGAAGGAAAAGCAAAAACAAAGCUGCAGUAUGCUACCACACUGGGUCCUUUACCUUGUAUUUUUACCUUUGCUUUCUUGGUACAAGAGGGGAAUUUUAUUCCCUAUAAUGGUUUUGUUAUUCUAGCAUCUCCAUUCUGGAGGAGUCAAAGGCUGUGUAUGUCUCCCAGUCUGUACUUUAACACUAAAGUAUGGUUUGGUGUUACAUGAAUGAGCAUUUGUGUCACUACCUCUCUUCUCUCCCUGAUGAUGUUGAAUUACAGGGUCCAAGAGUACCAGGCCCCUUACUUUUUUGGAGAAUCCACUGAAUAUUUUUUUUUUUUAAGAAGGCUGUUGAGGGCCCCAUAAUGUGACUAAAAGAAGGGGAUGUGGUAGCUGGGAGCUGUGGAUUUUGUUCACAAUCCUCUACUGUUUCUCCCACUUGGUCUCAUAUUUUAUAUCUGGUUUUAAGUGUAUGUGGUUGUAUUGCUUUUAAAUCUUGUGAACUGCAGUGUAGUGAGUGUGGAAGAAGAAUGGUAUAAAUGUUUUAAUUAAAUACAUUUGCAUAAAAUAAUUUGAUUACUGAGCCCUAACCACCAUCACAACCACAGCUGCUUUAAACCUUCACAGACACGCAUGGGAGUUUCGAUCAAGGAUCGAAACAUCAUGCUUGUUUUCAGCUUAGGCAGAAACAACAAAAAGCAGACUAUACGGUAAUAUUUUCCUAGUUGUCUUCCAACUUUCAGGGCUAAGCAUUAGCUUUAAAAAGAAAGAAGAGCUGAGAUUAAUUGGAAUUAAAACAAAAGGCCAAACCUGUCCCACCAAUUUUUUUACAAUGAUGGACCAAGUGCCAAUUCUCACACCAGGGGCUAAGUUUCAGAGCUUGGUUUUCUUGCAAGCCAGGAACUAUCUUUUAAGAAGUUAGGUGGAAUGCACAUGCCAGGAAGUUAUUAAGGGCUGUAAAAAUAAAUAAAAGAAAUUCAGCAUGAAAGAAUUUUGUAACAACAGUGGACUGGACUUUAGAAUCAAAAAAUGAAUAUUUUUGUAUUGGAGUGAGCAAUUUUGAAUUAGGGAUCAACAAAAAAGGGGGGUAAUGCUUUAAAGUGGAAACUCUUAAAAUGUGUUCUAUCUGAUGGCUACUCACUAAUACACAGGUUUACAUGUGUAAUGUUAGUGAGAAAAAGUGAAGAACCUAAUAAACACUCUAUGGCGUAUGCUUACUUACUCAACAAAAUCUCAAGUGACUUCUUAUGUGUUAUGCCUAAAUAAGCAGGCAAGACUGGACUUAAUAUAAGACUUAUGCUAUUAUUGUCUGAAGGAAUAACCUGAUAAUUAGCUAUAGUAAAUUAAAACAAGAUCCUACCUACUUAAUUUAUAGUUGUUAAUUUGAUCCAAAAGCCUGCCUAUAAAGUGGGUGAUCUAGUUAAAAAACAAAAUUGAGAAACAAAGCUUAAUCUGGAGAACCCUAUACAGUAACCUUUAUUUUUAAAACAAAAUUGCACUGGAAUCCAGGACUCAGAAUAUCCAUUAUUAAGAUCUUAUAGUGAUUCAUUAAAAGGACACUAUCAUCAUAAGCAUUCAGAACACCAGAGAAUUUGCUAUAGUUCUGAUUAAUUCAUAGACAAAUUCUGACUGAAAAGUUAAUGAACAAAGUAUCUUGUUUUAGUCAUAAUUUAUCCUAAAUGAUACUUAAAACAUAUUUCAAUGAGUUUUGUAAAUCAAAUUAUCAAAUAUUUUGACUUGUGAUCUCUAUGCUCAAAUUUCCUUUAGUUCUUUAUUUUCAACUGUGUUGCUGUUACUGUAUCAGGAUUUCAUUUAUUUUAUUAUUGCAUAUACUGUACAGUAUAUCCCACUUUUCCUCCAAGGAGCUGAAAGUGGCAUACAUAUUCUCCCCCUCUGCAUCACAACAUCCCUGUGUGGUAGGUUAAAGUGAGAGAUAGCCGCUGGCCCAAGGUCACCCAGUGGACUUAUUGGCUGAGUGGAGAUUUCAACUCUGGCCUCCCAGGUCCUACUCCAACACUUGAACCACUACACCACACUGGAUCUACAUGUAAGUAACACCACCCAGAAGCCACUGUCCUGUGUACCCACCAGCCUAUUUUCAGUUAAUAGUGGGACACAGAGCACAGCCUCCUCAAAGUAUCUUGAUAGGUAGGCAUUCACUGAUAUGUAAACAAGCAAUCCUUCAGACACCUUGAACCUAUUUUGGGCUUAUAAACAGUAUGCUGAUUAUCUAUGAACAGAUGUCUGAGGCAGCAAUCCUUCCUACAUCAGAGAAAGUCCAAUUGAAUAAGGGGAUUCUACUGGAAUUCUGUUAGAUGAGACAUGGCAGGGUUGGUCCUCCAUUAUUAGCACCAAUGGCAAAUCAGCUCCCUAAUGUCUACCACAUACAACCCUGAUCUUGGGAAAGAAGAUACUUCUGAUACUCUGAGAAAGAGAUGAGUGUUUAUAUAGCUGAAAGAAAGCAAAAAUAGAUUACAUUACACUGCUGCUCCUAGUCCUGCGGUGAUCAUUGUUCUAUACAGAAUAAUUCAGUGACUGAGGAAAGAAAAAUACACACUUUGUGAAAUACGAUUAAAGGAAAAAGACUUUGUAAUGAGGACACACUGUAGAGUACCAGAAUGUUGUAAACCACUCCUUCUUUUAUGGUAUCAAAGUAAAUGAAGUACAAAUUAAGCUACAUGUUCUCUCUCUCUCUCUCGGCUUCCUAUAGAGUUUAAUUACAAGACUCAAUAGACAACAGACUAGCCGUCUCCUGAUCUUCUGUAAUAUUGUCGAACAUGUCUGUAAAUGAGUUUGUCUUUCCGUUCUUCUGAACAGCUCUGCUUGAAAACUGGCUGGCCGGAGAAAGUAACUGAAACUUGUCAGUGAGAACGGGUGGCGCUGGCAAAGCACUCCCCUCUAUAGCCCUUUUCUUUAGAUCCUAAACCUUAGAUGUCUCAGUUGGGAAAACCACUAGCAGGAAAUUUUAAAAUGCUUUAUUCAUUCAAUCAUACGGCAACAACAACAUGAGUUUCAAGUAAAGACUAUUGACUUGAUGGAUCACUUAGACAAAUACCGAACAUAAUUGAAUUAUGGCAUAAGAGAUAACACCUCCCCCCCUUUUUACAGCAACAACUAUAUUUACUAGCCCUGUCAUUUACAAUGCAUCCCUUUCAUUUUGCUUUAGGAUGCUCUUGCUGCACUGUUCCAUGUCCUACCUUCUGCUGCUGCUACCAUUUAGCUCCUGGACACAGAAGCUGCCAACUAGAGAUGAAGAGCUUUUUCAGAUGCAGAUCCAGGACAAAACAUUUUUCCACGAUACGUCAGUUCUCCCAGAUGGAGCUGAAAUCAGCAGCUAUCUCUUCAGAGAAACACCCAAAAGGUAUUUGGGUUAAUGAUAUUUUCAGAGAGAGACAGAAGUUACAGGUGGAGCUGCUAUAUGGAUUUGUAAUUAAAUUUAAUUUGGGUUUAUGCAUGGAGAAUAGAAAUAUUAGUUCUCUACUUAGAAAUGAAAGUGUGCUUAAAUUUCAAAAUAAUAAUGUGGAGAAAGACAUCAUAUGUUUUAAAACAGAGUCACAGUAUGAACAAUAUCUCGUUUUAAUAUUAUUGUAAAGGACAUUGGCGCUAUUAAGGUACCACACUUAAGUACAAAUAUUUCAAUGACUAGCAAAAGAUGUAAUCAGAUUCCCAAUAGUAAGUGUUGAGUUUUGAAGGAAAAUAUCUUUUUAAACAAAUGUUUCUUUCCAAUAUUCCUGGCUGAAAUGACCUUUUCCUUUCGAGGCCUUCUUAUUUAUUUAUUUAUUUAUUUAUUUAUAAACCACUAUAUCAUAAUGAGAAAAACAUUGAUGUGGUUCAUAGCAAUACUACAUAAAACAUGCAAUAAAACAUAGAAAGUUAAAAGCAGGCAUCAAUUAACCAUUGUGGAAAUAUGUAUUCUCAAUUGCCUGUGUGCAGGCUUGGCAGAAUAGAAGUUUUGAGCAGGUACUUAAAAGUUGAAACAGAGGGCACCUGCUGAAUCUUUAUUGGCAGAUUAUUCCAUAGGACUGGGCUGAUGACAUGAAAUGUCAAAUGAGCCUCACCAGCUUGGGGAAUGACCAGUGAUGCUCCUGCAGAUGAUCUCAGUGAUCAUGUUGGGAUAUAUGGGUUCAGGGAAUCCCUGGACCUAAGUUGUUCAGGACUUUGUAAAUUGAUAUAACAACUUCGAACCUGGCUUGGUAGUAAAAUAUAUUAUUGAUGAAUAUACCACUAGGUUCUGCUAAUCUGAAAUGUUGUCUUCAGAAGAAAGCAAAAUAUUGAUAAAUGCUUACUAUGAUAUGUGAAAAUAUCAAGUUGCUCAGUCACAUGAUAAUGAGGUGUAUAUAGCUAGAGAAUUCCUACUAAGGAAAUGGAUGUAUGGCCAGAUAUGUAUUUCUUUAUUCAUAUUUAUUCAAUUUAUAUAAUGCGCUUUAUCCAAAUAACCCAGUGUACAACAUUAAAAAGAUUAUUUACAUCACAUUUAAAAAACAACAACAAUAAAACAAUUACACAAAAAAUCCUUAUAACAUUCACCCCACUUUUAAAAGGUCAUUGUUUAAUGGCAAAAGGCCUGGGUAAAGAGGAAUGUUUUUUCCUGGUGCCUAAAGACAUGGAAUGAUAGUACUGGGCAUUCCACAGAUGGGGAGCCACCACAGAAAUAGCCUUUUCUUGAGAAUUAGGCCCAAAGGAGGACCUUGGGUGACAAGCGCAGGGUCUAGGUUGGUUCUGUUGGGGAGAGGCAGUCAUUAAGGUAUUGAGGUCCUGGGCCAGCUAAGGCUUUAUAGGUCAGCACCAGCUUUGAAUUGGGUCUGGAAACUAAUUGGCAGCCAGUGCAGUUGGGCCAGGAUCAGUGUUAUAUACUCAACUUGGCUUGCCCCAGUGAGCAACCUGGCUGUCAAAUUUUGCACCAGCUGAAGGUUCUAAACCAUCUUCAGAGGCAGCCCCACGUGUAUAGCAUUGCAGUAAUCUAACCUAGAAGUUACCAGAGCAUAGGCCACAGAAGCUAGGCUAUCCAUGUCCAGAUAUAGUUGGGCCACCAGCUGAAGCUGACAGAAGGCGCUUGGCGCCACCAAGGCCACCUGGGCCUCAAGCAACAGAAAUGGGUCCAGGAGCACCCCAAGCUACGUACCUGCUCCUUUAGCGGGAACAUAACCCCCUCAAGAACCAGCAGUCUCCCAUUCAUCCAGUCUAGGGAACCACCCACUAACAGUGGCUGAGUCUUAUAUGGAUGGAGUUUCAGUUUAUUGACUCUCAUCCAGGCCAUUAUCGAGGCCGAACACCAGUUCAGCACAUCCACUGCCAUAACUGCAGAUGUAGAGGAGAAACAGAGCUGUGUGUCAUCAGUAUACUGCUGACAACACAAUCCAAAACCUCAGUGACCCCACUCAGAUAUGUCACAUUAACUUUAAAUAAAAGCCCUAAGGAAACUAUGAAAUGCCAGGGUUUGCUAAUUGAUUGUCUUUAUGAAAGGAUGUGAAAUAUACAUCCAUUUAUUUUGAUUGGAAGGUACUGAAAGCACACUGCGAAAAAUUUAAUGGGUUUGUUAAUCUUUCCCUAGGUUUUUUUUUGUAGUUGAAGAAGAUAACACACCCUUAGCAGUUACAGUAACACCUUGUGACGCUCCUUUGGAAUGGAAGCUGAGUUUGCAGGAGCUUCCAGAAGAGUCCAGUGGAGAUGGCUCAGGUAAAUUUCAGAUAAAAUUCUGGUUUUUAUGACAGAUAUGAAUCAGUGUGACUGUCUUAAAGGAAUCCUGACCAUCUGUGUGUUAGAAUUAGUUUGAUAAAUUAGACUAUGCUACAUAGAAUGAUUGCUUAUAUGAACAGGGCUUGUAAUACCAAAAUAAUGCAUUAAGAUUAUCACACUCCCUCUCUAACUCUCUUUCUCACACACAUUAUGCAGUUUACAAAGAGAACAGGGAUGGGAACAUUGAGAGAUGGUUAAAUAUGAAUCCAGCAUAGAACUAAGCUUCAAUAAAGGAAAGUUUAGUCUUAAAUGCCCUUAAAUCUUUUUACUAAAGCAGCAGAAUAUAGUAAUUUAUUCUUCUAUAUAUGAAUGCAAUAUAGCAAUAAAAUCUCAGUGCUACUUAUUCAAAAGUUGAAUGGAUUGCAAACCAUAAACCAUAUUGUUUCGUGAUUAAGUUUCCACCAAGCAAUCAUUUAUUUUGGUACUUAAACAUAUAUAUUUGUUUCCCAUGAGAACACCUUUCCUAAAAAAAAUCCCUUUGUGUGUCUUCUAGGUGAACCUGAGCCACUUGAACAGCAGAAACAACAGAUUCUCAAUGAAGAAGGUACAGAGCUGUUCUCCUACAGAGGAAACGAUGUUGAGUAUUUUGUGUCCUCCAGUUCACCUUCUGGGUUGUACCAGCUGGAACUCCUGUCAACAGAGAAAGACACACACUUUAAAGUGUAUGCCACAACAACUCCAGAGUCAGAUCAACCAUAUCCUGAACUACCUUAUGACCCAAGAGUUGAUGUCACUUCUCUUGGCCGCACAACUGUCACUUUGGCAUGGAAACCAAGCCCUACAGCUUCGUUACUGAAACAACCUAUGCAAUAUUGUGUGGUCAUUAAUAAAGAGCACAAUUUCAAAAGUCUCUGUGCUGUUGAAGCUAAGCAAAGUGCUGAUGAUGCCUUUAUGAGAGCUCCCAAACCUGGUCUGGACUUCAGCCCCUUUGACUUUGCCCAUUUUGGGUUUUCAUCCAACAGUAAUUCUGGGAAAGAGCGCAGCUUCUUAAAGUCAUCAUCAAAGUUUGGGCGACAGGUCUAUUCAAAGCCUAGAGUUGACCUUGAAAAGAUAUGCAUUGGGAACAAGAACAUCUUUACUGUGUCUGACCUGAAACCUGAUACACAGUACUACUUUGACAUAUUUGCCGUGAAUGUCAACACCAAUAUGAGUACUGCCUAUGUUGGCACUUUCGAAAGAACCAAAGAAGAGGCUAAGCAGAAAACAGUUGAUCUCAAAGAUGGGAAAGUUACAGAUGUGUUUGUCAAGAGAAAAGGCUCUAAAUUUUUGCGGUUUGCUCCUGUUUCAUCACACCAAAAGGUUACAUUUUUUGUCCAUUCAUGCCUCGAUGCCGUACAGAUCCAAGUCAGAAGAGAUGGUAAACUUCUGUUGUCUCAAAAUGUUGAAGGCGUCCGUCAGUUCCAACUUAGAGGAAAGCCAAAAGCUAAAUACCUCAUUCGACUGAAAGGAAAUAAAAGAGGUGCUUCCAUGCUGAAGAUUUUGGCUACUACAAGGCCUAAUAAACAGUCAUUUCCAUCUCUUCCUGAGGACACGCGAAUUAAAGCCUUUGAUAAACUUCGCACAUGUUCUUCAGUCACAGUUGCAUGGCUAGGUACACAGGAAAGGAACAAAUUUUGCAUAUACAGAAAGGAAGUGGAUGACAACUAUAAUGAGGAACAAAAGAAAAGAGAACAAAAUCAGUGCCUGGGGCCAGACUUGAGGAAGAAAUCAGAAAAAGUCCUCUGUAAAUAUUUCCACAGCCAAAACUUACAAAAAGCAGUUACCACAGAGACAAUUAAAGGUCUACAGCCUGGCAAAUCCUACCUUCUGGAUGUUUAUGUCAUAGGACAUGGAGGGCACUCCGUCAAGUAUCAAAGUAAAAUUGUGAAAACAAGGAAAUUCUGUUAG